GCAAGGGCAGGACCAGCACAGCAGGCUCCUGGCUGUUCCAGGGCUGGGAGAGCAGAGGCACCUCCUGUAUCAUGUUGCGGGGGCCUGGGAAGAGGGCUCUGCCCUGGGCCCUGUUGCCCCUUCUUCUCGGAUUGCAGCUGCCAAGUGUUCACACGUGGUGUUCUGAAGAACAAAAGGAGAUAGAUAAUAAAUAUGCCCAGUAUCCUUACCUGUCUGUGGUAAGGUUUGCCGAGGAAGCUUUCAAUAAGGAGAUGGAGGAUGACUAUUUCUACAGGAGGGAGCGCAUCCUGCAACUCUGGAGGGAGAAGGGUAACUACCCGGUUGUCUUCUCUAUGGAACUUUUGAUGCACCGAACUAUCUGCAAGAAAACAGAAGCGGACAUUGAAGAUUGCCCCUUUCAGAAGGGUACAGAGUUCAAACAUGUAAGGCAAGGUUCCAGCUUCCCAGCACUUCCCCGACUGGGAGCUCACCCUGGGGGUGACGAUGGGGGAAGCACCUAG